AUGUGUUUGUACAUAAUCUCCUUUGCAGUUGUGUAUACAAUUGAGUUUCAGAAGCACGGUCUCCCUCACGCACAUAUUCUGUUAUUUCUACAUCAUGAUGACAAGUUUCCAACGGAAAAAGACAUGGACCGGAUCAUAAGUGCUGAGAUACCCAACAAGGUCAACGAUCCACUAUAUUACGAAGCAGUGGAAAAGCACAUGAUGCAUGGUCCAUGUGGUAGUAUUAGGAAAGAUUCACCAUGCAUGAAAAAUGGUCAAUGCAUGAGGCACUUUCCUAAGAGAUUUGUUGCGAGUACUACUAUUGAUGAAGACGGUUAUCCGGUUUAUAGGCGCAGGGAUGAUGGCAAAAUAAUAACCAAAUCAGGUGUGGAACUUGACAAUCGAUAUGUCGUGCCUCACAAUAGGAAGUUAUUAUUGAAAUAUGGUGCUCACAUAAAUGUUGAAUGGUGUAACCAGUCAAGAUCGAUUAAGUAUCUAUUUAGAUACGUCAAUAAAGGCCAAAUGACCGUGUACAUAUCCUCGUGCGAAGCUGCAUGGAGAAUUUUCGGGUAUAGCAUUCAUUAUAGGAACCCUUCUGUGGUAAGGCUAGGCUUUCAGCUUCCUGGUGAACAACCAGUGAUAUUCAAGGACGAUGAAAACAUGGAUGACGUUGCUAGGAAAGAGUCUGUGAAAGAAUCCAUGUUCUUAGGAUGGUUCGAGGCAAACAAAAAAUACCCUGAAGCUCGAUCUUUGACAUAUGUGGAAUUUCCUUCUAAGUUUGUAUGGAAGGCUAAUACUAGAAAAUGGUUUCCAAGAAAAUCUCAUGUAAUUAUUGGCCGUAUUUUCUUUGUACCUCCAAGAUCAGGAGAGAUUUACUACCUAAGACUACUUCUAAAUUUUGUUAGAGGACCUACCAGUUAUGAACAAAUUAGAACUAUUGAUGGUGUUGUCUACUCGACAUUUCGAGAUGCAUGCUAUGCAUAUGAACUUUUGGCUGAUGAUAAAGAAUACAUUGAUGCUAUAGAGGAAGCAAGUCACUGGGGCUCAGGAGAAUAUUUAAGAAGGCUUUAUGCAACACUCCUGUUUUCUAACUCAAUGGCUAGGCCGGAGCAUGUAUGGGAAAGCACACAGAGAAUGCUAUCCGAUGACAUUCUUCAUCGACAAAGAAGGUUACUUAACAAUCAAGGUAUUAGGUCCAAGGGUCAAAUCAUGUUGACAGUUGCUUCAAGUGGCAUAGCAUCCCUCUUAUUACCCGGUGGUAGGACGACACAUUCUCGCUUUGCAAUACCACUCAAUUUGGAUGAAUUUUCAACAUGCAACAUAAAGCAAAAUACUCCGUUGGCUGAAUUAAUAAUCAGAGCUAAGCUUAUUGUGUGGGAUGAAGCUCCUAUGGUCAAUAAACUUUGUAUUGAAGCACUCGAUAGGACCAUGAGAGAUAUUUUGAGGUUCAACAAUAUUGCAAGCUUGGAACAACCAUUUGGAGGAAAGACAGUGGUUUUUGGUGGUGAUUUUUGA